AUCUUCUGCCCACGAAGUAUAUACCAACAAUGUGGUUCUUCAGAGAGCAUAACAGAAUUGCACGACGGUUGGCAAAGAUAAACCCUUGCUGGGAUGACGAAACACUUUUCCAGAAAGCAAGGCAGAUCAGUAUAGCGCAGUGGCAAUAUAUCAUCUACUAUGAACUUAUGCCAGAGAUACUUGGUAAAAAAACUCAAUUAUAUCUGCAUGCAAUUCAAUAUUUAAAACAAGUCCCACAAUCAAUAAAGCGACAAUUUGAGAUUCCAGGUCGGCAAUAUUCAUUAGAAAAAGGUAUAAUAUACCAAACUGACGGCUACGUUAAUGACUUUGAUCCUCAACAAGAGCCAGGAGUGAUACGGGAGUACAUUGUCGGCACCCGGUGGUUCCAUACGUUCCAACCUGAAAAAAUGGAUUAUUAUCACAAUGGCGAGUACCGGGGGUCAGUAGCAAUAGCUGACUUUCUAUUAAGGAGUUCGCUCCUGGCUGACAACUCUACUGAGCUUGAGCUGACAGAGGGACACUUAAUUCAACCAGCUAAUGAGUUUGAUCAGAUCAUAACUAAUGAUAUGGCGGAACGUGUAUUUGGCCCAUGGCAAGUAGCUGCAGACUUGAGCGCGAUUGACAUAAUGCGAGGCCGCGACGCCGGUUUUCCACCAUACAACGAGUAUCGAAAGUUUUGUGGACUGAAGCCCGCCAAGAAGUGGGAGGACCUCUACGAUACCAUUAAUAAAGAUGUAAGUGUUUGUUGUAAUACAGGGCUGUUUACUACAAUAGGAAUAUACUUCAACUACGGCGCACUUAUAGUGGAGACCCUCAGUCGUUUUUACGAAGACGUAGACGACAUGGAGCUGAUGGUAGCCAUCUACGUGGAGCGUCUCGUCCCAGGCACAUUCGUAGGCCCUACUCUGCACUGCAUCAUGGUGCAUAACUUGCUGCUCUGGAGAAAGUCUGACAAGUUCUUCUUUGAACAUGGCGGCUUCCCAGCUGCUUUGACAAUCCCCCAACUAACAGAAAUUCGGAAGACAAGCAUAGCACGCGUGAUAUGCGACAAUGGAGUUAACGUCAAGAAAAUACAACCAGCUGCGUUUUUCAGACAAGGACCGUGGUAA